AAGGGAGUGACAAGAAGGGAAUAAAAGUGAAAAAUUUAGGGCAAAUCCGUAAUAUCGUAAAAACCCCAAUUGAGCAGCGAAGUCAUUGAGGGGUAAAAACGUUUUCAAAACCCUCGCUCGCGCAAACCCCCUUCUCCGCCCAAAGCCGUUCUAUCUCCCUUCUCUUCUGUUCUUUGUUCUGUUAAUGCAAACCCUAACCUUUUUCUUAUGCCCUUGUGAGAUUAUAGGUAUAUAAGCUCUAUAUCGUAUAAUAAAGCUAUCUGUUUUAGGUUGCUAUUGAUAUAAUUGUUUAAUUUUGAUUGUGGAGUGUGUUAUUGAGCGAUGGUCGCCACUGCUAGUACUAAUAUUGCUGCUACUACUACUGGGACACAAUCACAGACGCAUACACUCUCAGCGAGAGUGAGGAAAACAAUACAAUCGAUCAAGGAAAUUGUCGGCAAUUUCUCUGAUGCUGAUAUCUAUAUGGCCCUUAAAGAGACCAACAUGGAUCCUAAUGAGACUGCUCAGAAGCUGCUUAAUCAAGAUCCAUUCCAUGAGGUGAGGAGAAAAAGGGACAAGAAGAAAGAGAGUAUGGGUUACAGAGUUGCUGUGGAUUCAAGAAAAAAUUCUGAGAAUUUGGGUCAAGGGGCAAAAACACGGAUUUUUUCUGAUCGCAAUGCUAGACAAGGAGGCUACAUGAGAAAUGCUGUACCUGGUAAUGCAGGAAUGAAUAGAGAGUUCCGUGUUGUGAGAGACAACAGAGUUAAUCAGAAUACAACUAGAGAAUCAAAGCCUGUCUCUCGACAAAGUUCAGCAUCUAGCAAUGAGAAAGUCGUUGCAAUUGUUACUGAAAAAGGCAGCUCAUCAGGAACUUCAGGCAACAUAAAGCCCUCUGGUCCAAGGAGUUCAUUUCAAGCUUCUAAUGGACCUAGUGAUUUGCAAGCUAGGCACGCCAGAGAUGCUAACUCAAAUGUCACAGACAGGAAAGUAGUAUUUGAGGAAAAGCGGACUGUGGUUCCAGGUGCAACUUCACGGGUACAAGUAAUGAAACCAAAUUCACAACAACAAUCUGCAACACUGGCAUCAAGCAAUUCUGUUGUUGGGGUGUAUUCUUCUUCAACAGAUCCUGUUCACGUGCCAUCUCCUGAAUCCAGACCAUCUGCUGCUGUUGGAGCUAUUAAGCGUGAGGUUGGGGUGGUGGGUGGUCGCAGGCAAUCUUCUGAAAAUGUAGUAAAAUAUUCAUCUGCAUCUAGCGGUUUCUCAAAUUCUGUUUUAGGAAGGGACGAUUCAUUGUCGGAAUCAUUUAGACCUUUCCCUACAAUUUCCAAGACUGAUCCGGUUACUCAAAGUGUCACAAAUGAGUCUAUUAUUCCCAGUAUUUCUGUUAGCAGAUCAUUUUUAAGUAAUCAGUAUAGCAGGCCACAUCAAGCACCCGUGGUCCAUCAGAAAGCUGCUCAGCAUAAUAAGGAGUGGAAACCAAAAUCAAGCCAAAAAUCGCGUGUUGGUAGUCCUGGGGUUAUUGGAACACCUACAAAAUCUGGUUCUCCUCCUGUUGAUAAUUCUAAGAACUUGGAAUCAGAUGCAGCUGAUUUGCAGGAUAAGCUUUUGCAAGUGAACAUCUAUGAAAAUCAGAAUGUGAUCAUAGCACAACACAUUCGAGUCCCUGAAACUGACAGGUGCAGGCUGACCUUUGGCAGUUUUGGGACUGAGUUUGAUUCUUCCAAAAGUAUUAGCCCUGGAUUUCAAGCAGCAGUUACUGAAGAAUCAAAUGCAGAAUCUGCUGCAAGUUUGUCAGUAUCUGCUCCGGAGUCUUCCAGCGAUGAAGCUUCUGGCAGCAAGCAGGUAGAGUUGCUAGAUGAACAAGUUAGAAAUUCCGGAUCUGAUUCUCCAACAUCAGGAGCAAUGUCCGAGCUUCAAUUACCUGACAAGUCUUCAAGUCCCCCGAAUUUGGACAAUUAUGCUGAUAUUGGUUUAGUUCAAGGCAAUAGUCCAUCAUAUGUCCCUUCAGACUCCCAACAGCAGCAAGAUCCUCCUGAAUUACCAAGCUUUUCAGCCUAUGAUCCCCAAACUGGUUAUGAUAUGUCAUAUUUCAGACCGCCAAUUGAUGAAACUGUACGUGGACAGGGUCUACCAUCUCCACAAGAGGCCUUAGCAUCGCAUACAGCCAACGGCAUGUCAACUUCAACAAUAGCCAUGGUGCAACAGCAGCAGCAGCCGCCAAUUGCUCAGAUGUACCCACAAGUUCAUCUUUCACAUUUUGCCAAUCUUAUGCCAUAUCGUCAGUUUCUUUCCCCAGUUUAUGUUCCACAAAUGGCCAUGCCUGGCUAUUCAAGCAACCCUGCAUACCCACAUCCAUCAAAUGGCAGCAGUUACUUGCUGAUGCCUGGAGGUAGCUCCCAUCUCAAUGCAAAUGGCCUCAAGUAUGGAAUUCAGCAGUUUAAGCCAGUUCCUGGCAGUAGUCCCACUGGAUUUGGAAAUUUCACCAGUCCAACUGGGUAUGCCAUCAAUGCUCCAGGUGUUGUUGGAAAUGCAACUGGCCUGGAAGAUUCAUCUCGGAUCAAGUACAAAGAUGGGAAUCUCUACGUUCCUAAUCCGCAGGCUGAGACAUCUGAAAUUUGGGUUCAGAAUCCGAGGGAGCUUCCAGGCUUGCAAUCUGCUCCAUAUUACAACAUGCCUGGGCAAACCCCUCAUGCUGCAUACUUGCCAUCCCAUACUGGUCAUGCUUCCUUUAAUGCGGCUGCAGCACAAUCUUCUCAUAUGCAAUUCCCGGGCUUAUACCCUCCCCCUCCACCAACACCUGCUGCAAUGGCAAAUCCACAUCAUAUGGGUCCAGUUAUGGGAGGUAAUGUUGGAGUUGGGGUUGCUGCAGCUGCACCUGGGGCACAAGUUGGUGCUUAUCAGCAGCCUCAAUUGGGUCAUCUCAACUGGACAACAAACUUCUGAAAAGUAAAUGUCAAUCUAACCUCUUGCUUGGAAGGGAUUGAAGUAGUUAUAGAAAAUUUUAAUUUUCUUUAUGAAAUGAGUAACCCACAUAAUCAUUUUCUAUUCAAUGCAUAUUGUCCCAUUUUCAAUAUUCUCAUUUGCCUUUA